CUUAGGGGAUCCAUUGCGAGACGGUAUUUCCUCUUUUGGCAGUUCGUGCCACUGCAUUAUUCGUGAGCUAGACGGAGAGUAAUUCAGUUGUUUGUUAGAAGCGACACACAAAAUUGUGGUCUCCGUAUUGGUAUUCACAUUUCAUCCGGGUAGAUGGGCGCCUAUUACUGCGCCAUAUGUAGGCAAACGGCGUUCAACGGGAAAGGACAUAUCUUCGGGAAACAUCACCAGAGCAGACUUAGGCUCGUGUUGAUGAAAUUCAUUGAAAAGGUGAAGGAAGCACGGCGUACACUUAAAAAACCUGAAGUUGAAAAAUUUGACUGUACUCAACACAAGAAAACCUUCUGGUGUUACUGCUGUGGCCAGGAAGUGGAACGAAAUGUUUCUGAUGGCAACAUGACCGUUUUACAUGGAGGAUUGCUGGAACACAUGGCCACGCCAGAACAUAGAAAGAGUACCCACAAGUUCUGGUGGGAGAACAAGGCCGAUCCCAAGUUGAAAGACAAAGUCAUCAUCACACAGGAAGAGACUCAACGGUUUAAAGUUGAAGUGGCCAAAGUGUUGGAAACAUUUGUGGAGCAGGAGGAUGAAUUCAUUAAACAGCAAGCAGAGUUGAUCCGGGCCCAGGAGAAACGGCGCCAAGAGCUCCUUGAGUCUCUUGUAGAGCAUGAAGCAGAGCCAGAGUCGAGCCACGGACAGAACGGAACGGAAACGGCAGCAGAGGCCGGUGUCAGCUUUCAAGGGACGCCACGGGGAGGCCACCGGCAGACGGGGAGAAGCCUCGUCGACUCAAUGGUGGACGCGCAGCAGCAGGGCUUGACUUUCAUUGGUUAUCAGGAUUCGGCAAACAGCGGAAACGUACACACAGGUGCCGUGCCUCCUUGGUUCCAGGAUGAUGAUCCUCUAGAGGGGACGUCCACAAGCGCGACGCCUCUGGAGAUUGGCCCGUCCUGCCAAGAAUUCUUCAAACAGAAGGAGCAAGAGAAGCUGAAGAAGCUUCCCCCGAACAGAGUGGGGGCCAACUUUGACCACAGCUCACACACCGAUGCCAACUGGUUGCCCUCUUUUGGUCGCGUGUGGAACAGCGGCAGACGCUGGCAAUCCAGGCACCAGUUCAGACAGGAGCAAGGCCAGAAAAACAAAGUGAAGAGGAAGAUGAAGCAAGGUGCUGAAGGGUCCAAGAAAGCGAAGAUGGCAACAGAUGACUAAUAUCAACAUUUCAAAUGGAGUUCAUAAGACUGCCAGAUGGUCGCUAUGUCAUGUGUGCUGGCCGCAUUCCCAUACGAUUAAUAGUCGUGCCGUGACAAAAAGCGGUCCUCGGUUAAUGACAGAGUUCCUGUUUUUAUACCGGCAAUGUAAUCCGGAAAGCAGACGUAAAUUCACAGUGAAUAUUUGUAUGAAAAACGUUCCCAGUGUAGAACUAAAAACAAAUAAAAAU